CGCUAGUCCGUCCUCUUUCAGUCGUUUGCGAGCGAUGGUCGAGUGAAUGUCGCGCCAAUUCCGACCUCUCGUCUCAAAAUACUGCGUCUGAAAAUCGCCGGCCACAAAAUGAGUCCUCGCGACGUCUCUGCGCUGCUGUUUCUGUGCUGGUGCGUGAUGGUGUCCGCGAAAAGCGUUGAAACGUCGGCCGUGCGCACCAAAAGGACCACCGCGAGUUGCGAAAACGUGAGAAAAUUUUUUCAGUUUCGGAACAUCACCAUGUCGCCGGAAAAGCACAGAGGAAGUGUUUGUGGCGGGGAGUGUUGCAGCGACGCGGAUGAGGAUUUAUUAAGGAAGCAAGGACAAAAGGAUUUCGCCGGUUUGCUCCGUCACAAUUCCCGAUCUCUGCAAGGACGGUUGAGCUUCACGGCGGCGACGCUACAAAACCACAUCUCGGAGCUGACCCGUCAGUCCGAAAACAAGACCAUGCAACUUUUCGCCCAAGUAUACAAAAGCAUGGCCGGCCUUUGCCACAACCAAAUCGAAAAACUCUACUCCGACAUUCGCAAAUCGGUGCUCAACACCUCCCAGGUCGACCUCCCGAGUAUAGACCUCCAAGAGAGUGUCUCACAGUUUUUCCGCGACUUUUUCCCCUUUGUCUACCGACACAUCCUCCACCUCAACGGGAGCAAAGACUUUACUCCCGAUUACAAAGCCUGUCUGAGGAAAACCACCGAGACUAUCGCACCUUUCGGUGACAUCCCCGAUCGGCUGGGGCGCUCCCUGGCCGAAACACUUAACGCCACGAGGAUGCUCCUCCAGGCCUUCGAAAUCGGGAUCGAGGUGUUGAACAGCACGGACCGCCUCCUGCUGGACGAGACGGGCAAAAGCAACACGGAGUGCCACGAGGCCCUGCUCAAGAUGCACUACUGCCCCAAGUGCCUGGGGAUGGCCAAGGCGAAGCCGUGCUCGGGGUACUGUCUCAACGUGCUGAGAGGGUGUUUGACGAAGUACGUGGUGGAGUUGGACUCGCCGUGGAACGGCUAUGUCGAAGGCAUCGAGAGUCUGAUUCGGAGCAUGAAAACCGGCGAGAGUGCAGAUGCUGUGAUAAGAUCGGUGGAUUUGAAAAUAUCGGAGGCGUUGAUGCGGGCGAUGCAGAAGGGGAAGGAUAUUGACUCGAAGGUGCAGCGAAACUGCGGCUCGGCGAGCUUCUUCGAGGCGGUGCGGGUGGAGAGCAGCACGCCACUGCCUGCAACUGUCAAGCCGCGCUUCAGCGGCGUCGAUGCCAAUAUGCAGCUUUCCGAUUUUGUUAAUAAUCUUGGCAAGACGAGAGGGUUUUAUGCCACUCUGGCGAAUACUCUAUGCAAGGAUGAGAGCUUCGCGGAGACCAAGGAUCAGCGCUGCUGGAACGGAGAGAGGAUUGCAGAAUACACUAAAAUGGUGGUGGACGUCACCCUCAACACGCAGCGGUACAACCCCGAAGUAAAACCACCGAGCUUCCACGAAUCGGACCGAAGGGUGGCCGAUCUGGUUGAUAAAUUGCGACAAGUGCACCAUAUGGCGAUGAAGUCGAUUGGCACACCCGGCCCAGAGGUGGACUACAUGCAGAGGGACGGGGUCGAGGGGUCCGGCUCUGGAAAUGGGCCCGAUUUCGAAGACAACGACGAUGAUUCCUACAGUCGGGGCUCGGGCUCGGGCCAUGGGCCCAUCGAAGGAGCGGACGAUGGGGCGAGCCCCAGGGGCAAGAACGAGGAGUUCCCGUCGACGACGCCGCGGACGGCGGGCAGCCCGCUCGUCCAGGCCUCGAUGCUCAUAUCGGCCUUCGCCCUCAUAGUCUCUCGACUAAUCUAAAGACUUUUAGACUAAGAAUUAGACUUCGAAGUGAGAAUCUCGUUGGAGGAGUUGUGUUAGAUUUUUCUAUUGUUGAAGGUGACCGCGGAAUUGGCUGUUUAUAAAUUAAAAUAUUUAUUGUAUAUGUAAUAGUUAGCGCGAACUACUAAGUGUAAGAAAGUGUUAGCCCCGAUUUCUCCCCAUCGCUGUAAAUAGAUGGUUAGGAUACAUGAUGAGACUGUAUGUAGCUGUUUAGGGUUUUUCGUUCGUUCAGGUUGCCGCGCCGCCUCUGAGGCGACUGUUUCAUAGCUUGCUCAGUUGGAUUUUAUCGCUAGACUGAUAAAUCUAGUCUGAAUGCCAUAUAAUUGUUAGUUUCGGUUCGUCACGUUGGCAACUGUGGAACAUUUGGUCCUCCGGACGAAAAUUGAUUGACAGUCAAUUGUUUCAUUUUGACGUAUUUUAAAAAUACAAAUGUCUUUCCAAUCGAGUAGAAACAAAGUAAAGUGAGGAAGCUUUAUUUUGUAGGUUUCUCGCGUUUAAAUGAGAGAGAGUGCUUGCGUGUAGAUACUGUAGUUUUAGAGAAAAUAUUUGUAUUCUUUAAAUUAUUUUGAGAAUUGUCUGUGAUUGAACUAUUUUAUUAUUUAAGCAAAAACCCAAAUUAUUUACAAGAAAUUAGUACGUGCCACGGUACGUCGCCACUAACCGUAUCCCAGUACAGUCAGUGACAACGUAUCAAGUGGCGCCGAAUCUGUUUUUAUAAAACAGAGUGAUUGGCUCUUACUCUUUGUACAGUGACAAGUUGAAUUAUGGCGAAGUAUAUUAUAGUUAUAAAAGAGGAAACUAUUCUAGGAUUCUUAAUAUGUUAUCGCUGAUUAGACCGAGUUUUGAUUUCGCUUUUGCCACUUUUCGUAUUUUGCAUAUCAUGUAAGCAAUAAGAACCCGAGAUAUUCAAUUAAACGCUCACUAACAAAAAUUUCGCAUCGAAAUUCAAUUAACUACUAGUCUUAGAAUUAUGUUUACGCAAUUUUAUUUAUAAUUAUUUGUAUUAUACGCCUCUAUUUUGGUAGAAAUAAAUCCAUAGCUGCCUUUUUUAA